GUUCAAGUUCUCAUAGGGGCGCUUGUUGCGCUGCCAGUUGCUACGUUAUUAUAUUCGGUGUUAUACUAUCUUGCAGAUGUCCACCGUCUACGUCGGUUUCCCUCGCCGUCUUUGGCGGCUGCAUUGUCGCCUCUGUGGAUGAUGUGGCAUAAUGCUCGGGGCAAAAAGUACGAAGCUCUCGACUUGGCACACCAACAGCUCGGCCCAGUUCUUCGGGUCGGUCCUAAAACACUCUCUUUCUCGGCUCCCGAGGCAUACAAGGAUAUCUAUGGCCAUGGUUCUCCAAUUCUCAAGGACAUCUUUUACGAUAAUUUGGCAAACGGCAAUCCGUCCAUGGGCGAUGCGACAGAUCGCCAGCUGCAUUCAAUCAAGCGGAAGAAUCUGUCAAGUAUUUUCUCAGCAAAAAACAUUCUGAGCAUGGAACCAAAAGUGACAAGCUCAGUGGAAGAGUUACUUGCAGCAAUCCGCAUCAAGCUGAAUGGAGGAGCUUUAUCCAACGAUGACAAGCACGUGGUUUUGGAAGGCGUAUUUGAUGUACAGCCCUGGUUGAACAUGUUUUCGUACGAUGUUAUCUCCAAAAUGCUAUGGUCUUCAUCUUAUGGAUUCCUAAAAUGCGGGAGCGAUGACUGCAACUCCAUGGCCGGCGAUGGGCGCCGCAUGGAACGAGGUGAUUCCGAUGACGUUGAUUUCUUCUCUUUCUUUCCGAUACAAAAGACCAAGAGAUGCCCUGUACCUAUGGAGUUGCCAGAGCUUAUUGCAGAGUGCGGUACAUUUUUGAAUGCAGGCAAGUUAACUAGAUGCUAA